AUGCCACCUCACAGCGUGCACAAGACAAGGAGUCGAAGCGAGGUAGAGGUACGGGCGUUCAAGAAGCAGCUGGCAUGCGUUAACGGCUUUCUAAGUGCUCUUUCUUGUGCGGAGCGUCGCCACCUCAAGCUGAGAUGUGACAAGACCGUACCACGUUCAAGGCUAUUCUGCGAUAUCUCCCAACGGGAGUCCAAUCACUGGUCAAGGGACGAGGGAGAAGCUGCUUGGAAGCUGCCUUGGAAGAUAGCCCAUACUAUAAGUGAUCGUAUACGUCAGUUGGAGGACGCCCUUGCCAUCUUGCAGUCGACAGUUAGCAAAGAACCACACCCGCUGCUUGACCGUGAGCUGUUGAAGCUCAAUAGAGAUCAAGUCGAGUAUUGA